UAUUGAUGUGAUUAUAAAAGGCAUUGUUUUUGUUCUUACUUUAUUUGCUACCAUGCAGAUAUAUCAGAAGAAUUGUCUUUGAAGGAGGGCACAUCGUAGAUCCUGAACAGGGCGAAUUCCUUUGUCCUGUAUGCCGGGGACUUGCAAAUUCUGUACUGCCGGCAUCACCUGGAGAUUUUAGGAAGUUUCAUCCACUGCCUAUUCCAACUGUUAAUUCUAUGAACACUGCUAGCUCUUCAUCCUUGUCAGAUAGUAAAGUCAGUUCCCUUUCUCUAGAAGAUGGUUUGUGUCUUCUUAAAUGUGCUGCUGAUGUUGCAAUAAGUAAUGAGCUUCUGAAAGCUUUUCCAGUUGGAAAAAAUGUGACGACACCACCAAAUCUUGAACCUUUGUUUCGUGUAUUGAGUGGAAUGUGCUUUCCUGGCGUGGAUAAGGGAUCUGGAAGGGUAAACCACUCAGUGAUUCUAUGGGAUACACUCAAGUAUUCCCUCAUGUCAGCCGAAAUUGCUGCUCGAUCCAGAAAGAAUUCAUUGACUCCAAAUCUUAGCCUUGGUUCUUUAUACAAGGAACUCAACUCUUCCUGUGGUUUUAUAUUGUCGCUGUUGCUAAAUGUCAUUCAAAGUAUCCGAGCUCAAAAUUCUCAGAACGUUCUUUUGAGGUUAAGAGGCAUUCAACUCUUUGCCAAAUCUGUAUGCUCUGGCACUUCUUCUAAUGAAAUUUCCAACCACAAUCACCCACAAGAAGGUAUUAUUUCAAGUCAUCGAUUACUGUUUUUUAUUUGACUGUUGAAUGCAGAA